GGAGCGGGACUCCGCGCGGGGCUGGGCUGGUCCGCGGCGUAGCCGGCGGCGUGGACGCUGCCACGGAGCGGUUCCUUUAAGCCCUCGGUACCGCCCCCGCCGCCUCGUCCGCUGAGCGGCCUGGGUCCAGUUGGCGGCGGGGUCGGGUCUGCGCGGGCCGCGAUGGAGCUGCACAUCCUAGAGCACCGGGUGCGGGUGCUGAGCCUCGCCCGCCCCGGUCUCUGGCUCUACACCCACCCACUCAUCAAGCUGCUCUUCCUGCCCCGCCGUAGCCGGUGCAAAUUCUUCAGCCUGACGGAGACCCCCGAGGAUUACACGCUCAUGGUGGACGAGGAGGGCUUCAAAGAACUGCCCCCAUCUGAGUUCCUGCAAGUGGCUGAGGCCACGUGGCUGGUGCUGAAUGUGUCAUCACACAGCGGUGCAACAGUGCAGGCUGCUGGGGUCACCAAGAUUGCCCGCUCAGUCAUCGCCCCACUGGCCGAGCACCAUGUGUCUGUGCUGAUGCUGUCCACUUACCAGACGGACUUCAUCUUGGUGCGGGAGCAGGACCUGUCCGUGGUGAUCCACACACUGGCCCAGGAGUUUGACAUUUACCGAGAAGUGGGUGGGGAGCCUGUGCCUGUUGCCAGGGAUGAUUCCAGCAAUGGCUUUCCCCGUGCUCAGCAUGCAGGGCCCAGUCCCACUGUGCAUCCCAUCCAGAGCCCACAAAACCGCUUUUGUGUCCUCACAUUGGACCCCGAGACACUGCCAGCCAUCGCCACCACCCUCAUUGAUGUCCUCUUCUACUCGUACAGUGCUCCCAAGGAAGCAGCUUCUGGCAGUCCUGGUCCCAGCUGCAUCACGUUCUUUGCAUUUUCCCUCAUCGAGGGCUACAUCUCCAUCGUCAUGGAUGCUGAGACCCAGAAGAAGUUCCCCAGCGACCUCCUGCUGACGAGCUCCUCGGGAGAGCUGUGGAGGAUGAUGAAUGUGGCAUUGUGGCCCAGAUCGCAGGACCUCUGGCUGCGGCUGACAUCUCUGCUUACUACAUCAGCACCUUCAACUUUGACCACGCCCUGGUGCCCGAGGACGGUAUCAGCAGUGUCAUUGAGGUCCUCCGGCGACGGCAAGAGGGCCAGGGCUCCUAAGGCUCACAGGGAGCAGCUUCCAUGUUCUCCCUUCAUCCCCAGGCUUCCAGAGACUUCUCUAAGCUAUUUUCUCAAGCUCUGGGACAAGUCCUCUUGCCCCCUGCCCCCUGCCCCCUGUUCCUGCUGGUGGACCCCUCCUUCCACUCUGUACAUAAACUAUGUGCAGGCACUGGCUCUCACAUGGACAUGCGUGUCUGCCCACAUGGGAACACGGUGCUCUGGGCUUCCUCCAGGAAGCCCUCAACCCAUCGCUCUCUGUGCAGCCUCGGCAUUUGCACGUUCCCUGCCUGAGGCCCAAGCCAUCCCCCCUUCUCAGAGCCCUGGGUACCAGGUAACUGGUACCUGGAUAGGGCCCUAACUUCCGUUCUGCCUCUGGCUGGGGUACCAGCCCUGGCCAAGUAAGUUCUGACAGCGCCUCACCUUCCUGGGGCCUCCAAGAAAAGUAUUUUUACAUUUCUUUUCUCUCUUUUUUAAAUGACUUGUUAAUAAAGGGCUUAUAGUGAC